AUGGAUCAAUACAAGCCAACGAUGAUAACAGCUCCUCUCGUCGGAAGCGCUGUUCUUCAUCCCACGUCAUCAAUGACUAAUCCAACGAGCCCGUCAACACCAGCGAAAUGGAAUCGAGACGAUGUGAGUAAUAACUCAGACUCUAUCACUCAACAGAAUACUCACUAUCAGCAACGAACUCGUCUUUUGAAUUCAAUUAAUACACCGAUAAAACGUAUUCGUACAAAUCCCCAGGAGCAAGAUGGUCGGUUUGCCCAACCGCCCCAGAACUACCUUGCUCAACAGAAGCAAGCCCGUACCACCACAUAUAAUGAGAUGGAUGCUCAGCAAACCUCUUCAGCAGCACGUCGUUUCGCCACCACUCGCUACCCGUUCUCACCUUUUUCUAUUAUUUUUAUGGACGAAGUGCGCGAUAAAACGGUGGUGGAAGAUUUGAUCAAACAUGCAUUUGAAAAAUUAAAUUUUGAACUGAAAACGGUCGCCUAUCGGCGUGGACGUACUGAAAAUAAUGAAUGUCAUAUCCUGGUGUUCAGAGAAAAUACGGAAUCGUUCGCAUUCUUACGGAAGGAAAGUUAUAAAUCUGAAUUAACCUUAAUGGAUGGUAUGAAUCAACAACUCAAAAUCAAAGCUGCUUGGAUGCGUGGUGGCACUAGCAAAGGCUUGUUUUUUCAUGAACAUGAUUUGCCGAUCAAUAGCACAGAACGCGAAGCAAUUUUCUUAGCUGCUAUUGGUUCACCAGAUCCUUAUGGUAAACAAUUAAAUGGAGUAGGUGGUGCAACUAGUAGUACUUCUAAAAUAGUCAUUAUUGCACCUUCUCAAGACACAAAUUUCGACGUGAAUUACACGUUCGGGCAUAUCGCCAUCCAACAGUCAAUG